AGGCGCGCGCGCGGGAGGCCGGCGCGCACAGGGUUAAGGGCGGCGCGGCCGUGAGCAGAGCCGGGCCCCGCGUGCGCUGCAGCCCGCCCUGCCCGCGCCGUGCCCGGCGCUCGGCUCCGGGGAGCGCAGCGGCGCGCGAGGCGGGCGGCGGCGGAGCGCGCGGCCGGCGUGCGGGAGCUCCCCGCGACGCAGCCAGGGCUGCGGCCGGAGCUGCGGGAUCGGAGCCCAGCGGCGAGCGGCCCGCGAGAGCAGCCGCCUCCCCGCGCGCCAGGACCCCCGAGCGCGGCGGGAUGCUGGCAGGGGCGCGCCCGGGGCGCUGAGAGCCAGCCUGGCGAGUCGCGAGCCCUGUGUUCAUCCCGCUCUGCUGGGGAGCUCAGGCCGCUAGCUUCGCGGAUGUGACGCCCUUGCCCCGGGAAAGAUGGGGGUGUUUCUGGCAUCUGUGGGCUUCGCCGUCCUCUCCGCGCUCUGCGUGCAGCAGGGGCUUGCCGCUCAGGCGAAAUUUACGGAGUUUCCGCGGAACGUAACGGCAAGCGAAGGGCAGAACGUGGAGAUGUCGUGCGCCUUCCAGAGCGGCUCUGCCUCACUCUACCUGGAGAUCCAGUGGUGGUUCCUGAGGGGCCCCAGCGGCCUGGAUGCCGGCGCCGAGGCAGCCGGCGCUCAGGUGGAACUCCUACCGGACCAAGACCCGGACAGCGAAGGCACCAAGAUCAGCACAGUGAAAGUCCAAGGCAAUGACAUCUCCCACAGGCUUCAGAUCUCCAAAGUGAGGAAAAAGGAUGAGGGCUUGUACGAGUGCAGAGUCACAGAUGCCAACUACGGUGAGCUCCAGGAGCACAAAGCCCAGGCCUACCUCAAGGUCAACACCAACAGCCAUGCACGGCGGAUGCAGGCCUUCGAGGCCUCACCCAUGUGGCUGCAGGACGCCAAGCCCCGCAAGAACGCCUCGGCCGCUGCCCCCAGUAGUGUGCACAGCUCGGCCAGCCAGCAGACACACGCCACCUCCAGCCCUCAUGUGGUCGCCAGGAUCCCCAAGCAAAGUCCACAAUCAGCAAAGAGCAAAUCGCCUGUAAAAUCUACGGAGCGGACAGCAAAGUUGACCCUAAACUCCAAGCACCACUCUGCACCCACUGUACUCUAAUAUCCUACACAAGGAGCACCUGCUUCCAGAAGCAUAAACGAAGAGGCUAUCACUUGCUUUCUUGAUGAUAUUUUCUUUGGCAAAUCACCUGGUCUUUUAUUUCAAGAACAUCGGUGUGAUGUGAUAGGAUGCUUUCCAAUAGCAAGAUCUAUUUUUUUUUCCUUUUCUUUUGGCAACUGAAGUUCUCAUUUCGUUAACUAUUCAGGAUUGGCCAUAGUGUCGUGAGGAUAAAUAUUCACUGUGGAUACCAUUGGUUUCCCACUAAAAGGCCCAUUGUCAGCAAGAAGCAAACAGACCAAAAACGAAGCGUAAAGUGCCACCGGCUGAAGCCCUCACGAGGGGGAGAAGAACAGAAUCGCGACACCACACGUCAACAAAGGAUCACAAAAUAAAAGCCUCUUGUUCGUUUUCCCAUUUUCUUGGAAUUUUCAUUUUCAUUGUUAAACCUGUUGUCCAGUGGUGACAAGCACUGAUUAUGGCCAAUCCCUUUGGAGCCUGGGAGGUUUCUAUAAAUACAUCUUAAGUGUUCUGUAUUUCAGUGUAUUUUCAUUCAUUUGCAAUUCCUGUAUAUGCAAAUUCUGUAAAUUGCUUAUAGUAUGUGUGGUAUCUCUUCAAAAUAGACACACUAUGACCCUCAUGCAAGCUGAUUUUCAUCAUUAUAUAUAAAUAUAUGCAUAUGGAUAUCUACAUGUUUGGCCACCAGCCAGUGUUUUUUUGGCAAAGCAUUUGUUUCUCAUUUAUAAUUCAUGCUGUAUAGAUUUCGUAAUGCAUUGUUUUGCUUCACAAGUUCAACAGCUACAGAUGGGAAAUGCAUAUUCAAAAUUGUGUCAGUCUCCGAUAAAUGAGUUAAUUUUUCUGUGUGCUAUGCUAGAAUUUGCCGUGUUCUUUAAUUCCGUGCGGUGUUCAUGGAAGAGUGAGGGUCUUCUGACUGUAGAGUGCACACUGCCGGCUUUGACAGUUUCCCAGCGUUGUCA